ACUAUACAAACUCAAGAAGAUCUAGAUCUCUUAGCAUCAACAGUAGUUAUCAAAUAUCAGGUUGAUAAUUCAUUAUCACUGUAGUUAUCUUUAACUUUUUUAAUCAAUUAUAUUUUUAAAACAUGUUUUUAAUGACAAUUGUUUUAAUAACUGAACUUUUAAAUAAACUAAAAACUAAUUUAGCUGUUUUUAAAUUUAAAUGUUUUUAUGAUGGUUAUAAAUAAUAAUAAUAUCAUUUAUUCAAGGUCAAUUAUUUGUUAUUUCCUGUUUCAUUGAUGUUUUUGUGUUAAUAUUUUGUUUCAGGUUGAAGACAAUUUAAGUGGAGGUAGAGCUUUAUUCAGUGCUUCUAUCACAAUUACCAAUAAAUGCAAUGUGACACUGAGCUACUCAACACAACAUCCACAGUGGUCUAUCUACUUUUCCCAUCUACGAAUGGUAGAGCCAACAUAUCUCCCAGCAGACACCAGUGUUAACUUGGAAUACGCAGGAGUGUGCUUUUCACAUUUGAAUGGCUGUAUUUUUAAACUCAGUCCACUGAAGAGCUUCAAGACCUUACAUGAUGGUGACACUUUGUCUUUCAAAUUCAAUGCUCAACAUUACUCUGCAUCUCGUACCGACAUCUUCCCAAACUGGUACAUUCAUGUUCAAGGUUUAGAGCCCCGCAUUAUCAAAAGUACAGAAGGCGAGUCUUUGAAAUUUGUGGGCAGCUUUGAUGCUGCUAAGCAGUACAAGCGUUUUGACUAUAUUUUACCUACAGGGAAACACCGCUAUGAUAUCUAUCAGCCAUUUUCACCAGAGGUCAGGUUUUCUCGUUAUCCUGCGGUCAGCAAAGAGCAAAGCCAUUUAAAAACUGUUACACCAACUCCAGCUCUCACCGAAAUGAGAGGUGUUGGAUCCCUUAACUUAAAAGACAAUAAUUGGAUUAUAGAUGCACCUGAUGAAGAUUUUAUAAAUGAAGCAUUCUAUUUACUAGGUAAGACCAAAACUUCAAGUUUCCUUAUUACAUAUCAUCUAUAACAGUGUUUACCAAAGUGGUGGUCUUUGAGCCUUAUGUUGCUGAUCCCUUUAAACAACAUAAGUAAGAAACUGGGGAAAACUUGUAACGUUUCAGUGUUUAAGUCUCGUUUCAAAACCACCUUUAAAAAAAACAAGACUGUCUUGUUCAUAUGACAUUCACCCAUUCAUAGUCACUCACUAGGGCCCCCCAACCUUAGAAGUUUAGGAACCUCUGAUCUACAAGAUGAUGCCAGUUUUUCUCCAACAUUUGUUUUAUUAAUGUUUAAUUUGUCUUAUUUUUUGUCAGAUAAAACAGGUGUUCCAAUAUCCAGUAAGAAAAUGACAUGUACAACUGGGGUAAGGCCAAAUAAAGUUAUAUCCUUGAAGAAAUCUGAGGUGAUACCAGUGAUAAAUGGACUUCCAGAUGUUGAAGCUUAUGAGCUUGUUGUUGAUACAUCUGCUGAAUUUAUUGAGGUAUGUUGUUUAUGGUGAUACAUAUUUUGUUAGGUAACAUUAAUUUUUUUCAACAUAUUUCAUAGCAUUCAAUGUUGUUAAGUUCUUGUUUUACAGUCCCAUAAAAUCAAGACAAUAAUUUGGCAUUAGACAUUGACCUAUAUGAAAACUGAAAGUAAUGAAUAAAUAUGGCAAUGCAGUUUUUUAGUGUGGCAAUUUCUUCCUGUCAAUAUUUGCAAAUUAUGUUUCUCUAAUGGUGUUCAAUACUAUAUAAUGAGCCAGUUAAAAAUAAUUAACAUUUCUCAAUUACUUUAUUAAAAAAAUCCACACUGUUUUGUUUGCAUAAUGCACAAUAUUUCAAACUAUCAACAGAUCUUAUCAUUUUAAAGUUUUAAUUCUCUUUGAAAUCAGAUUUCUGCCAAUACAUCUGCUGGUGCUUUCUAUGGUGUCCAGACAUUGCUGAGUUUACAGGCAGCAACUCUAGAUAAGGAAGCCGGGAUCCUAAGUGAUUGCUUAAUUAAAGAUGUACCCCGGUACACCUUCCGGGGCAUGCACCUAGACAUAUCACGCAACUUUCACCCCAAACAAGAAGUCCUCACACUUCUAGACUCUAUGGCAACAUAUAAGCUGAAUAAAUUGCAUUUUCAUUUGUCUGAUGAUGAGGGAUGGAGGCUGGAAAUCCCAGGGCUGGAAGAACUGACUGAGGUUAGAAAGUUUGUGAACUUGUCAUUAAAUUAUUACUUUAAGAAUAAAGCAAGAUCAUCUGAACAUCUUCUUAUGAUUAAAAAAAAUAUAUUCUGUUAAAACUCAGCUGGAAUUUUUAGAUAAUUUAAAAAGCCAUCAACUGUGAAUACACUAGCUCAGUAGUCGGCAAACCCAUUAGUCAAAAGUGCCAAAAGUCAGCAGCGGGACGAUAUAAGUUUUGUUGAGAGCCAAACUUUUCUUUACGAACCUGUCAUGAAACCGAUUAGUGGCCAACUGGCCGUGCCGCACUCAGGUUGUUAAAGAGCUGCAUCCGGCUCGCAAGUCGGGAUUUGCAGACCACCCCACUAGCUCAAAUUUUUUUUAUUUUAAAUUAAUAAUUUCUACUUUAUUUGCCACUAGUUUUCAAAACUUUAUUCUAUUUUAAACAUCUUUACCUAAUUGUUAUCGAUCUUACCAGUUUUUACAAGAACACAUUUCAAUCAGAAGAACUAUUUGCUUGCUUAUAUGUAAAGCAAAACUCAAAGAAUGAUUUUAAAAACUCAUUGAAGAAUUUUGAGUGUGAAUAUAUUUUUAAAUAUUCUUUUUUUUAGAUAGGAUCAAGAAGAGGUCAUGACCCUAAAGAAGACACCUGCUUACUGCCCCUACUUGGUUCUGGCCCUUUCCCGACUGGCCUAGGAUGUGGCUAUUACAGUGUUGAAGACUACAAGGAGAUUCUUAGAUUCGCCAAGGCCAGGCACAUUGAGGUCAUUCCUGAAAUAGACAUGCCAGGACACAGCCAUGCCGCAGUUCGGGCAAUGACGGUUAGAUACAACAGAUUAAUGUCUCAGGUGAGUUCAAGGAAAGUUUUUAAAUAAAGACUUGAAGAGAAAUCUGGUUUAAGUUGUAUUGUUAAACAAGAGAUUUAGGGAUGAUUUUUGUAAAAUUUCAGACAAAAAUUUUUGAAGUGUAUUAAGCAGUUUUUUUCUUAAAUGUACUAUGUUAAAAGAUGCUAAAGUUUUUUUCUUCAAAAAUGUGUAGCCUGUUUUUCUCUCUCCUAAUGCCUUUUUGCAGAAAAAGCAAAAAGAGGCAGAGAAGUAUUUGCUGUCUGACCCAAAGGAAAACUGUGGCUCACAUGCCUUCUCUGUUCAGAUGCUAGCUGAGAACUCCAUGAACCCUGGUCUAGAGUCAACCUUUACUUUCAUAGACAAGGUUUUUUAAAAAAAAGUCUUUUUUAGUUAAACAGUUAGACUCUAGUCAAGUGAUAAUUUCUAUAAUUAAAAUGCAACUCCUUGAUUUUGUUAAAUCUUUUUCAAGUGAGGCUGUUCUUGCUUGACAUUAAUGUUUUCUACAUUUUGGUAUGACUUCUUCUAUAAAUGUGUAUGUGACUUUCAAAUAUCAUCUCUUAAUUAUGAAAGAAUGGCACUUGUUUCCUUUUAAAGAGCUCAUACUUUUUGCAUGGUAAGAAAAUAAUGCAUGCCACCUUGAAUGAAAAUACAAGACAUUGAAAAGAAUUUUUCUGCUUAAAGCGUUCAACAGCAAACACAACCAUACAAAAAAGAGAGUGAAAGAGAGAGAGAGAGAAAGAAUGAGAGAAAAUCAUAACCUAACUUCUUAAAUAUAUUAUUAUACUUUUUUUUGGUGUGUUCAAUUAGUAUUUCUCUUGCUUUUAGAUUAUUAAAGAGCUGAAAGAAAUGCACAAAGACAUCCAGCCAUUGAGAAUCUUUCAUCUGGGAGGGGAUGAAGUGCCCUAUGAGGCUUGGGAUGACUCACCCUCGUGUCAAGCACUGGUCAAGUCAAAAGUUAUAGAAUCCAUGGAAGACCUGAUGGAAUAUUUUGUGACACGUGUUGGCAAGCUGACAUACAAACAUGGACUGGAGCUGGGGGCCUGGCAAGAUGGCAUUGUAAGAUAAAAUUUCUAUGGUGUGUCUAGUUCCAUGUGUUGGUAAUGAUGUGUGUAGUUAGAUAUGUUGUAGUGAUGUGUCUAGUUAGAUGUGUUGGUAAUGAUGUGUCUAGUUAGAUGUGUUGGUAAGAUGUGUCUGGCUAGAAUGCUAUAAUGAUGUGUUUAGUUAGAUGUGCUGUAAUUAUGUGUCUAGUCAGAUGUUUUGCAAUGAUGUGUCUAGUUAGAUGUGUUGCAAUGAUGUGUCUAGUUAGAUGUGUUGGUAAUGAUGUGUGUAGUUAGAUGUGUUGAUAAUGAUUUGUCUAUUUAGAUGUGUUGGAAAUUGUUGUAUUUUUUCUAAAACAUCGAAGGGAAAACUUUAUCAAAUAUAAUGGAGCAGAGUUAAAAAUGUGUGUACUUAGUCAAACAUUUAAUGUCAUUGAUUGCCAUCCUCCAUGAUAUAAAAUAAGGACCUUUAAAAAUUCAAUUGACUGAAAGCAUGUAAGUUUGAUAUUUUUUUUAAAGUAAUUAUAUUUCACUUCCUACACCCAGCAUUAUAUUGUUUUACUGAUUGAAAAUGUCUUUGUAUUAUUUAUUCAAUUAAUUUGUCCACUCCUUCAGGUUGUAAAGAAUAAAGGUCCAUAUAAACGAAACAAGUUUCCCAACUUGAAUGUUUUGGUACAUUUUUGGAGGAAUGUCUGGGAGACUGGUCAGGCUUAUGAUGCCCAUAAGCUGGCCAAUGAAGGUUACAAGGUCCGUUUUUUAAAAAGAGAAUCUCACAAAGCAAUUGCUUCCAUUUACAUCAACAUUUUUGGAUAAUCUUUUUUUAAAUGAGGGCAGUCAUGAAACAUUUUAGUCCAAACGAAAUUCAGCAGUUAUAAAAAAUAUCUUUUAGCCUAUAAUUCUACUUUGAUUUAAAAGCCAUGGUUCAUUUAAAUUUAAAGAUAGGAAAAUAAGUCUAAUUAAAUUACUGAAAUUGGGGUUGGAAAAAAAAAAUUCAUUUAGAAUUAUAUUUCUAAACAUUAGUUCAAUGAGCAGUUCAUUAUGUUGUUGUUUUUUAAUGUGUAAUUACAUUUUAAAAACUGAUUCAUUUUUCUUAUUACAUAAUAUUUAUUAUAUCCAAACACAACUGCCCUUUGACAAGCUCAACGGUAAGUCUCUGUGCCUUGUCCUACUUUUUUCAGGUAGUCCUUGCCCCUGGUACACAUUUCUACUUUGAUCACCCUCAUGAACCAGACCCUGAAGAAAGGGGACUCUUUUGGGCCUGUAGGUACAUUGACACCCACAAAGUGUUUAAAUUUGCCCCUGAAAAUCUCAUGUCCAACGCUGAUGUCAAACUCACUGGGGAGAAAAUCACAAAACUAGACCUGGAGCUCUUGACAGAAACAGAGGACUUCACACUAUUGAAGAAAUCAGACAAUGUUAUAGGUACACACUGGUUUGAUAUCUGUGUAACAAAUUGUCAUAUUUGCAUAAAGAACUGAAUAACAAAUGUUUUUAUGUGUAAAAAAAAUUACACAAAUAAAAGUUUAUAUUGGCAAGUACUUGAACAGUUAACACACUUUAGAGGAGUGAUUUACACAUUCUUUCCUUGAUAAAAAUUACACUUGUGCUUCACAGUUCACCUUUUCCUUUUGCAUUAAUGUUAUGAUCCCAAAAAAUUUCAUUAUUAAUUAAAUUAUGACUUAAUUCAGCAAUCCUGUUUAAAAAAAUAUUUUUACCUUUGAUCAUGGCAAUUGAUAUCUCUUCGUAUCAUGAUCAGCCUUCAAAUUGAUACCUUUUCACCUAUGCAGUCUUAAAAUCAUUACAUUAACAUUUUGGAAAACAAAUAGCAAUUUAAAAAAAAAAAAAAAAAAAAAAACCUGAUGAGUUCCUCAUAGAAAAUGGGAUUUUAAAUGCUGAUGCAUAAUAUUAAAUUAAAAUUUUUCUUUUCAGUAUACUGGAACUUCAUAAAUAUUAAGAAUUUAACUAAAUUUUAUAUAAAAUUAAUAUUAAAAAAUCAUGAUGGAAGGCCUUCCCUAUUAUAUCCUCAUAUCCAAUGUAGUAACUAGCAUAUACAAUUAAAAAGUUAUUAACAAUAAUUUUAAAUACAGGACUUCAAGGUCAAAUUUGGACAGAGUUGGUCCGUACUUCUAGCCAGUUACAUGAAAUGAUUUUUCCUCGUAUCAUCGCGCUUGCUGAAAGGGCGUGGCACAAAUCCCCUUGGGAAGACCUUGACCCAAAAAAGAGGAAAUCCCCAGAAGAAGUCGAGUGGUCAUCAUUCGCCCACACUUUAGGACACAAGGAGCUGUUACGUCUGGAGGCAGAUAAAAUUCCUUAUCACAUACCUCCGCCAGGAGCAAGGUUAGUCUCACAUGAGCCAGAACUCAAUGCUUUAAAUUGUACCAAAUAAGUGGGGAGAACAGACCUGUUUACUCUUACAGAUUUGGUGUUCAAAGAAAGUAUUCACACCUAUAACAUUUUAGGGUUUUAAAAUAUUGCUAUGACGGAUAAAAAUUUACGCAAGUUCUCAAAAACUAUUCAAAAUGUACCCCCAGCCUAGUUUUCUAGUCCUUAAAAUGUAAAAACAGAAAAUGGUAAAAUAGAUAGUUCAGUUUUUUUUUUUUUUUUUUUAAUUAUCAAACGUUAGUCAGUUUUGAGGCAUGAAUUACUAAUGUUAAUGUGCCCACAAUGUGUCAAUGCCAUUGAACUGUAAUUUUCAAAAUUAAUAUAAAACAUUUCAUUAUUUUAAAAGAAUAUCUAAAAACUCUUUUUUAUGGCUACAUUAUCAUACAUAUGCUAGUAUUUUGUUAACCCUGUAGAAAUUAUUUUAUUAUUGUGUUGAGUUUAUUUAUGCAGAGUAACUGGUGAUGGUUUACUGGAAAUGAGGAGCUGUUAUCCUGGUCUGCCCCUGUCCUACUCAGUGGACAAUGGAGAAACAUGGAUCAAUUUCUGCAGAGCAGUGGAUGUG